AUGGCUAGUCCCGAUCAACUCGCAGCUCAGAUUCUGAGCUCAAAGUCGCUCUCGGUAUCUCCAACUUGGCUAAAUGCCUUCUUAUCCUCCAGCACCUCACAGCGCAACAUUCCUAUUUCUGCUCUUACACAGACUGCGAUAUUCCGACUUCUAGCCUCCGACAUCAAGGAGUCACUCUCGAAACAUAGAUCAUGUGUCCUGCCAGUCGAUGCGUAUGACCCCACUGUUCAAGAGCGACGUUUGCAAGGCUACAUUCCAGUUCAAGUUCUCGAUAUCGAAGACAUCGGAACGAGUCUAUGGAGCCAAAUUGAAGCGAUUGAACGCGUCGAGCGCGGCGAGGCUAUCCGAGGACGCGAAAUUGUUCGCACAAUUGCUGUUGACGAAGACCCAGAAGCUGCAGAGAGUAAUCGCACAAACAAUGGCCGUGCAAAUGGUGCGGCAAAUGCGUCAGGGUCCGGUGGGUAUGGCCCACAUCGCUUGAUUCUACAAGAUGCCGCUGGUACUGUUGUUGCAGGUGUAGAAAUGCAGCGCAUUGAGGGUGUCACUGUGGAUAAACUUCCUAUCGGCUCAAAGCUUCUACUUCGCUAUCCAACUGUUGCGAGGGGUAUGGUGCUUCUUACCCCCGAGAGCGCUACACUACUUGGGGGUCGGAUUGAAGCUUUGGAUGCGCCAUGGCGGCAAGGUAGGAAAGCUCGAUUGUUGCAGAAGACUGCAGGUCUAGAGAGAGUCUGA